UGACCGGGUCCGUUGCACAGUCCCCCGGCAGUAAGAUUUUAUUCGUAGGAGUAAUUGGUCAUUGUCAUAUCACGUCUAUCCCGAGAGGUCGGCUCGAUUCACCGGUCCACCUGUGUAACGAACCUCCGUCUACCGGUAUCGCGGUAAUGCUAAGCUUCUCCAAUUCUUGGCGAGCUCGAAAUGCUACGUGACAAUAAUCCACACCUAAAAUUCCCAUGAUCCGAUCCGGCGACGAUCGGAUGACAAUGAACCGAUAACUCGGCGCCGGAACUGCUGAGAGCCGGGCCCAAGUCAGAGCAGAACCGCACUACAAGAAGGCCGUCUUGACCUGCAUCUCGAGACCGGAUUUACGCUUCCCAGCGACCAGUUUCGACGACAGACACCGCGAAGGCAGGAGGAGACAAGAUGGACAAGAUGCCGACGCUCGAGACCCUCAAAGCCGCCUUCGAGGCGUCGCUCAGCCCGUCGCCAACCGUCAUCCUGGCUGGUGUGGCCAUCGUCCUCCUGAUCCCCAUCAUCCUGCACUUAAUCUUCUCCGCCACGACACCCUACACCACACUGCCCUCAGUCCUCCUCGUCGGACCGUCUGGCGCCGGCAAAACCGCCCUGAUGACCCUCUUCGAGCGCGGGCCCCUCUACCACAACCAAGAACCCCAAGGCAACGGAAAAUACACCGUCAACACCCCCGUCGCCCAAACCCACACCUCCCAGGUCUCCUCGGCCGUCGAGCUGGCCGUCUCCAAGCCCGGCCCCAACCAGCUCUCCUCCUACCGCGACGACCUCGACGCCCAAGGCGCGACCGCCAAGCGCUUCCUGCUCGUCGACACGCCGGGUCACCCCAAGCUGCGCAACCAGGCCCUGUCCCGCCUAGCCGCCACCACGCCAACCAUCACGCUGCCCUCGACCUCGUCGUCGUCGUCCUCAUCAUCUUCCGAGAUCAACAGGUCCAAGCUCAAAGCCGUCAUCUUCCUUGUCGACGCCGCCGCCCUCGCAGACAGCGACAGCGGCGCGCUCGCCGCGACGGCCGAGUACCUGUACGACGUGCUCCUGACCCUGCAGAAGCGCUUCCACCGGCGGACGGGUUCCCGCGCGCCCGCGUCGGUGCCCGUCCUGGUGGCCGCCAACAAGCUGGACCUGUUCACCGCGCUGCCCGCGGCGCUGGUCAAGAGCAACCUGGAGGCGGAGCUGGCGCGCAUCCGCAAGGCGAGAAGCAAGGGGCUUUUGGACUCCGGCGUGGGAGGGGAUGAUGCUGCGGGUGGGGUGGAUGAGUUGGAUAACUGGCUGGGCGGGAUUGGGAACGAGAAGUUUACCUUCAAGGAGAUGAUGGAGUUUGAUGUCGAGGUGGAGGUUAUCGGCGGCAAUGUAAUCGGGGACGGGCCCGGAGCGGACAAGUGGUGGAAGUGGAUCGGGGAGAGGAUCUAACAGAUUUAAUGGAGCCCGGGUGUAAAUCUAGACGUUGUAAUGGUGAAUCAAUGAUGACAUAAUGCGGGCAGGCAGUACUGCGAGA